CUAAUAGUCACCACCAGCAACAAAAACAAAAAUCUCAAGCACAAGACAAAUUUUUGUGAACUGCUACAUAAAAAAACGUAAAAAAGAAGACUGUUCUCUCGAAAUAUUGAUAGAUUAACAAAUAUUAAAGUGAGCAACCCAAAAGCAUAAUGUCAGUACGAGACUUCAUCAAGGGUCUGCCCAUUCACGAUUCGAGCAAUUUCACCCAUUUGAGCAACGAGCAUGGGAUUCGAACGUCGCAGAAGCGUGCCUCCGUCUACCUGCCCACCGAGGAUGAGCAUUCAGAGCAGCUGAUCGUGAUGGACAAGCGAUGUGUCCUGCUGCGCUACCUCACUCAGCAGUGGGACAAGAAGACGCUUCAGCGGAAGAGGGAGCACGGUGGCGAGUCGGGAAAUGGCAACGGCAACAGCUCCACCCCCAACGGCAACGGCACCAACAGCAAAAAGCGCCCGCGCUUGGACCCCAACGAGCUGAACUGAGCUGAGCGGCAGGACCUUAAGCCAAGCACACGAUGGACAUCCCGCGCAGCACUACGAACCCGAGCGAACCCGCAGCAGCCACCCUUCAUUUACAGUCAUACAUAUACAGUCAUGGUCAAAAUUAUUUUCACAAAGUGCAUUUGAGUGAAAUGUGAAAAGUGAAAAGUGAAAAUACUUUUGACCACCUCUGUAUAUUAAAUAAAAUAUACUAAGUACAAAGGAGUUGCAGUCGAAAGGUCCUUUCAAAGUUUUGUAACACGCUGGACAUUAGUCGAAAGCCCCAGUAUUUCUUAAGAUUUCAGUUGUACCCAAAUUAACACAGCUAAAUACUGUUUUUGUGACCAACUUACUUCCUUUUGCAUGGAAAAACCAACAUUCGUAUAAAAUGUCGAGUACAAAAUUUUGUAAACUUUGUUACUGCUAGUUCAUGUAUCACGGUAUUUUUUUCACUUCUUUGCACUCACCUUAGGCAAAUAUACUUCUCAAAAAGUUUUUAAUUUAAAA